AUGCCGUCCUUGAAUGGCAACAAGGCAGCCAAUGGCGCGUUGAACGCUGCCGUCCCCGCCGGGGCGACACUGGUGGUGUCGGCACUGCUGCUCCGGCGCUGGUGGCGAUCGAGGAAAGAGCCACCGACUUUCACCAUGGGCUUGCCCCUCGUAGGCCCGAUCAUCCAGUUCCUGAAGGACCCGAUGGAGCUGAUGAGGCUCGGCUACAAGAAGCUGGGCGGAAUCUUCAAGGUAAACUUCCUUGCCAUCGAUAUGGUCUACUUAGUUGGCCCAGAGGGCCAAGAGUGGUUCUUCACCAUGGACAAGUACCUGGACCAGUCCAACAUGUACAAGUUCACAGUACCAAUUUUCGGCCCCAAGGUGCUUUACGACGUGGAUUACUCCACUCGAACAUGCCAGCUUCGCUUCAUCCGCGAGCGGCUUACAGAUGAUUACCUGCGCUCCUAUACAGGCAUCCUCGAGGAGGAGGUCGUUCAAUUCUUUAACGAAUGCUGGGGUGAUUCUGGCACGAUUGACAUCCGCGAGUCCAUGCAGGAGCUCCUUACGCGCACAAGCAUCCGGUGUCUCAUGGGCCACGAGCUUCGCCGGAGGAUGAUGGAGAAAAGCCCCGACGAGCCCAGUAUCAUUGAACUGUUGCAUGUGCUCGAGAAAGGGAUGCUGCCGAUGUCGGUCUUCUGGCCGAAAGCACCCAUCAAGCGCCACCGGGAGAGGGACGAGGCCCGGCGACUACUGCACGAGUUGAUCCAGCCAAUUCUGCAGCUGCGACGCGAAAAGGGCGACAGCUCCGCCAAAGACUUCAUGCAGUCGGUGCUGAACUCGACCUAUCCUGACGGUCGGCCCAUCACCGAUGAAGAGAUCGUGGGAUUUUUGAUCGCGGGCUUCUUCGGCGGCAUGCACAACAGCUCCAUUACGACUUCCUGGUCGACGCUGGAAAUCUUCUCCAGACCCGAGUUGGUCAAGGACCUUUUGGAGGAGCAGCGGCAGGUCCUCGGCAGCGACAAGGCGAGCUUCACUUUCGACGGCUACGAGAGCAUGAAGAAGGUCCUUGCAACCUGGAUCCUUCUGUCGCUGUUGUCCAACCCGUCUAACGUGCAGGAGAAGGAGAAUGCACCUAGGGAUUUGUGGUUGCAGGGCUUCCAAACGGCCAUGGAGGAGGGCUCUUCUUGGGUGGUGCUCGCGGCCUGGAUCGAGAUCCUCCAAGUGGAGGCCCUGUGA